AUGGAGACAAUUUUUCGGUGGUCUGGAGAACCCCCCAAGUAUGAUAAAGAAGAGCUGUGUACUCUUGAACUCCAUCACUUUGGUAUGUUGGAGAAUGGUGUGUAUAAGGGAGGCAAAGUAUGCUAUGUUGACAACUGUAUUCAUGACUAUCUGUCAUUAUUGGAUUUAAACAAAAUUGGGAUAGAUCUUGGAUACAAAGUUGAUAUAACACAAAGGGUUACAAGCUUAAAAGUUUACUAUAAGGGGCCUGCAAAAAGUGGUCAGCAUGUUGUGAAUGAGGUUUUAAAUGAUAGUUGUAUUCCAGGGUUGGUUGGGAGCAUUUCAUCAGAUCAGGUAUUGGUGUUGUAUUACCAUAAUCCUACUCAUAACAACGAGCUAGAGAGUGAAGAUAAAGGGCAACAACAACACAAUGAAGAUGUUGGCAAAGAAGAUGAAUAUGAAGAGGAAGAGGAGGAAGAGGAGGAAAAAGAGAAUGUUAUUGUUGACAAUGAUUAUGAAUUAAGUGAAGAAGAAGAAAAUGGUAAUAAAGAGGCUGCAUCAAGAGCACAACCAAGGAACGAUGCACCAAAUGAUGAAUAUGCACAAUGUUUUGAAGAGAUGAAUGAAAUGCCUCUUAAUGAAGCUACAGGGGAGAUAUCAUAUGAUGAUGAAGAUAGUGAUCGACUUCCUUCUAAUGUUGAUAGCUUUGGUCAUGAGGAAGAAGGUCAAAAAAAGACAAGCAAGAGGAAAUGGAAGAAGACAAAUUUUAAAUAG